CCUAGCUUCAACCUCUUUCGGGCUAUUCCCACAAUGUCCGACUGGUCACCGCCACCGGCGACGACCGCCCUUGAUAUCCUCCCCACCUUGCAAGAAGCAUCCCGAAUCAUACCGCCUGAUACCGUUUAUUUGCACAGCAAAAAAGUCACAUCAGAUGAUGAUGAUGAUGAUGAUGCGCCCAUUGCUCUACAGGCAGUUGCAGAAGAACAUGAUCCAUGGGUUCCGAUGCUACCAUCACUCAAUUAUUCGCUAUACGGACGGCGUUCCCGUAUCGCCCGCUUCGCGCUCUACGUUUUCAUUGACAGUCUUGUACUCCCCGUAGGGCUCUACUUUCUCUUGUGGUAUGGGUUUGGGCCAGGUAACCCGCUUUACCAUCCUUUGAGCGCAUCCACAGCGUUGACCAUUGUCACGGCUGUGAUCGGCGGCACAAGCAUCUGGGAGUUACUUCUGAGAGCUUGGAAGUUGGCCAAGAGAGAUAGCGAUUGUCGACCUGUUGGGUCCUCGUGGUGGCACUUCGACUGGUUCGAAUGGUGGUUCGCCUUCACUUGGAUACUGAUUAUUACUGAAGUCUCUGUGGCGUUCGUCCCCGAUGAGCCAGACAGACGCAUGCUCGCGAUGCCUCUGCCUACCGUUUUAGCGGUAUUCGGCACCUCGUGCAUCAUCAUAGAUGUCCUGCGGUAUUUCUCUGUCCCCACGCCGAUUCGAGUUUCCUCCAUGCCGAGAGGCGUACAGCUACGCCCGGGCAUCUAUCCUCUUGUUGAAGAUAUCUGCAGUGUGGACGGUUCUGGAACGACGGAAUUCCGUCAGAAUCUAAAUCGUCGAUACGCCGCCAGCCACAUAUUUCGCGUCAUGUUGCGGCGACUCUCGCUCUUUUGGGGGAUAGGCGCCGAGUGCUGUGCUGCUGUGACUAUGGGGUUAAUCUUCGGGCUCGACGAUGAUCUGGAGGAUUACGCAUUCGCAAUUGGAUGGGCUUUGCCUUUCAUCUGGGCAGGGCCUUGGGCCAUGGCUACGAUCUACUACGUGAAGAGAGAGCUGAGAGAGGAGACAAGGCUGUGGGGCUUGACUUGAUGGAAAUGAAAUCAAAGCAUCGAUGUCAUCUGUACAUGAUCAAAAAGAUGCUUGUGCUAUGUAGGAGCACGCAGAGUUCUAAUGUUGUUCAAACACAUAGAGAGUUCGACCGUUUCUCGGCCUCGAGGCUAGGCCAGUUAAGGCUUAGAUCGGAUUCCUAGCACUCUGGCCUCCAGCUUCAUGUUCGCACGACACGUUAUUCAGACGGAUCAAUGCAUCUAAUUUUUUGAGGACACGAAACCACAUCUGAAGCGGAAAGAUUGAUUCCUGCAUACCGGUCCUGGU